GAGGAAGCCUUUCCUUUUGGGAGAGCAGGCUGACUCAGGAGGAUGACUUGUUAUAUAUAGAGGAAAGUAGGUUCUCUAAUUUUCUAAUGAGGCUUAAAAGCUGUCUCAUGAUGUAGGAUAAAGGCUAAAUAUAAAUAGCCCCAGUUCCUUCAUUGCAUCAUUUCUGUGCCUUUCUUCGUCUUUCUUGUUUAUCACUCCAAGUUCAUACGCACUAGCAUGGAGGAUCAAUUCCCUAAGAUGCAAACCUUCUUGAGAAAGGAAUUGCCAUCGUAUUUUCAGGGGCCAGUGGGUUCGAGAUUCUUUAAAGAUGCCACCAUCUGGGAUGGCCUAGCUGAAAGCGCAUCUUGCAACCAUGUCACUGGCAGCAACGUGAAACUAUCAUCGUCAUCACCUGAUAGUUUGUUUUCAAGCUCCGAAUCUACUUCUUCAGUGGAUGAGGCUUCUGCUUCCAAUUUAGUGAAGAACAUGCCAGAAUUCACUAGAGAAGAUCCCCUCCAAACGCAGCAUGGUGUUCCAUUUUUCUCCGGAUCUAAUUCUGUGAACCUGAGUGGGGCUUCAAGUACUUCAGAUGUCAAACAAAGGUUCAUUCCUGUAAAUUUCUUGGAAUCCUUCCCAGAACUAACACCAGCUCAAGUGUCUGGCCCACCUUCUCCUUCUUCCUCAUCAACUGCUUCAAAUUUCCCAAAUUUAACUUUGUUUUUGCAGGAACCUUCUACUGUCGUCAUAGAUCCAUCAACACAAAUUGCCAACUCGCUUGGCAGGAAUGAAAAGUGUGAGCCCAUGUCAUCAUGUCCUUUAUUCCCCACACCCCAGCUGAGCCAAAGCCAGCAUCUUCCCGGAUUUGAAUGGCUCAAAAUAAAUCAAAGCCUUGCAAACCAUCCCUCAAAAGGUCUGAGUGACUACUGGCUCAGCACUACCAAGACACAGCCCAUGAAAUACACGGGAAGAAGAAUGCUGAAUCACCAACAGAAAACUUCGCUGUCGUCCUCAGCAUCGUCUCCGGGAAAGUUGUUUCGAGGGGUGAGGCAAAGACACUGGGGCAAGUGGGUUGCUGAGAUAAGGUUACCGAGAAACAGGACCAGGGUUUGGUUGGGAACUUUUGAUACUGCUCAAGAGGCUGCUUUUGCAUACGAUACAGCGGCCUACAUUCUAAGAGGAGACUAUGCGCAUUUGAAUUUCCCAGAGCUAAAGCAUCAGCUUAAGGCCAAUUCUACAAAUGGAACCACGGCAGCCCUUCUUGAAGCAAAGUUACAAGCCAUAUCCAAAGGCAUUUCAGCUCACAAAGAGCCCAUUGCUCCUCCACCACCGCCAUCACCAAAGCAGCACUACUUGCCUUACGACAAUUCAAAAGUAGCGAAAGCAGUGAGCCAAAACCCCACAAGUAAGGAGUGGCAGCUUGAGUUGGAGUACAAAAUUGCCCAUGAGAUUGUUGAGAACAAGAAAAUCCAGGAGGUAGUAUUGGACAUGGACGGAGUUCAGUUAAGUAGAAUGCCCUCCUUGGACAUGGACGCAAUCUGGGAUGCCAUUCUAGUCUCUGACUCAUGAAUUUAUUUCCCAUCAUUUUCAAAAAUUUAAAUCGAAGAUCAUGCAGACGUUGUGUUGAAUGGAUUGUUGAUUCUUCUCCAUCAAUGUUUUCUGCCCUUAGCACCACAAUCUCCACAUGAUUUGUCACUCUAUCUAGCCCAUUAGAUUGUUCUUGAUUUCUUCUUUAAUUCACACUGCCAUAUUUUAGGAUCUGUGCGGUAGUCUCUCUUUGAACAUGGUAUUUGCUUAAAUAUAUGAUGUUUCUUGAGGCAGUUCUCUA